UACAUUGUUAAAUAAUUACAAAACAAUACGUUAGAAUGGUAUUUACUAUUAAAGUUGUGUUGACUGCCGCUAUGGCUCUCAGUUUCGUUAUGCAGAUGUUGCUUAUUUGCUCUGCGAAUGCUAAUCCCAUCGAAGAAUUCUUCUUCGUUGAUCAACCUAAGAUUGUGGAAAAACGUUUUGUUGAAAAAAAGAACUCUGGAUCCAUUUUGAACGCGUUGAAGCCAAUAUCUAACGGUACAGACAGUGAAGACGAGGGUAGUGGUGUAGGGCCCCAGGAAGGUAGUGGAUCUGAAAUUUUUGAAAAUAGUGGGAAUGGCGCUAUUUCAACACCUGUUGAAACAAAUACUGAGCUGCAUAUUAGUAAUUUGCCACAAGAGACAACUGCUAUUCUACAAUUUACAGACCUUACAGGACUAAUGGAGACAACUUGGGAAGAAGAAACUAUUGUAGGUAGCGGGGAUGGUGCUAUUUCAACACCUGUUGAAACAAAUACUGAGCUGCAUAUUAGUAAUUUGCCACAAGAGACAACUGCUAUUCUACAAUUUACAGACCUUACAGGACUAAUGGAGACAACUUGGGAAGAAGAAACUAUUGUAGGUAGUGGGGAUGGUGCUAUUUCAACACCUGUUGAAACAAAUACUGAGCUACCUAUUAAUAAUUUGCCACACGAGACAACUGCUAUUCUGCAAUUUACAGACCUUACAGAACAAACGGAGACAACUAAGAAAGAAGAAAUUACUGAUGGGACAUCAAUAAUGCCAACUGACUCCUCUGUUACAAAGGGACAUGAAAGCAGUGACAAGGAAACCACUCUGGAGGUGUCAACAAGCCUGGCUGAAUCAUCUAAAACAGAACACAGUACUAUCACCCUUGGUAUACAGGAAAACAUCUCGAGUUCAACUGAAGAUCCAAGUCAGCUUAGUACUCAGUCUGAAGCAAUCCUCCAAACUUCUAUAUGGGAAGAAACAGAAGGAGAAGCUUUUUCAACUGGAAUGACAGACUUCAGUGCUAGCACCAUAGGUACAGAGGAGCCCCAUCCCAAGUUGGUGUCUAUUCAAGUGUGUGGCAAACAAUUCUACUGUCUGGCCGGAAGACGGGGUCCCUGCCAGCCGAACGAGAUCCUGGUUGAAGACAUCAGUAAUGACACUUUGGAAGCCUCAACACAUUGCUCUGCCUUGUCCAGCUUUCCUUGGAGGGGUUGCAUGUUAAGUGUCAAUGAAGAAACUGCAGCUACCACCUCAGUUGGCAGAUGCAACUUGAAAUCGACGAAGCAACCUUGUAGUGGAUAUCCAUCCAAUUAUCGUUUUCAUCCCAUCACGAAAAUGUGUCGCCCCACUUCAAAAUCCACAGGGAAUUGGUUGGCUGACGAAUGCGGUGACGAUCAAGUUUUAAUCGGCUUCAAUCACAAUUUAGGCUCAUGUAUCUGUCUAAAUAAAAAGCACCUGGUUUACACGGGUGAUAACCAAUGUUAUCAACCCUACAUUCGUGGGCCCUGUAAUAAAGGAAUGUGGCUAGUGCCAUCUACCCGACGUGAAAUGGAUUGCCGCAUUAGUCCUUGCCCGGUAGAUCAAAUCGACGGCAAGCAUUUCUACUGGAACGGAAAUUUUCACGGUCCCGCUGGCUGCUACCGCUCCAAUACCCGUGGACCUUGCCCGGAGGGAAGAACUUUCAUCGUCGAUAACUACGUCUCGGGUCACGCUCGUUGUGAACGUGACGAAAACGUUUAAGUUACAUCUUAAUUGCU